AUGUCAGCUAGAACGUUAGAUAACAAUUACAAACUCAUCGUCAAGAAGAGGGAUUAUCUGUCUGCGGAAAAUGUGUCUCGCUUAAACUCAGAUCAAACUAAAGUUCAAUUAGACCUAUUACAACCAGCGUUUGACUUUUACAAUAAAAAGUUUGAGGAGUUGAUGUUGACUGUUGAAGAUGAAAAGAUUGAUACUUACAUAGAAGGAUUGGAAGAAGUAAGUGACAUUUAUGCACAUACUAAAGCAAUUUUAUUAUCACGUAUACACAAAUCAGAAGAACCAAAACCAAUACCACAUGAAAGUAAUGUACAUCAAUUGAUAAAACUUCCACCCAUUAAUCUACCUAUACAUUUGAUGGCAAAUAUUGAUGAUGUGCAUAGAAUGUAUUAUUUGAAGUCCAGUUUACAAAGACAAGCAGCCGAAGUCAUUGGAAUCUUAUCUGUAACUGCUUUAAACUAUAAGGAAGCGUGGUCGCUGCUAGUUGACAGGUAUGAUAAUAAACGACUCAUAGUUCAAAAACAUUUGCACUAUUUACUAUCACAACCCGUCAUAAAUAGUGAAUCAGCAAACGCUUUAAGAAAUCUGUUGGACGUUACUAGAAAACAUUUAUCAGCUCUUAAGGUAUUAGAACUUCCAGUAAAUCAUUGGGAUGCGAUUUUAGUGCAUAUUGUAGCUAAUAGAUUACCAAAUAACAUGCGGCAAACCUGGGAGGUAGAAGGUCAUCAGGGAAAGAAAUCAUGUCCGGUAUGUAGUCAAAGCUACCAUUCAAUAUAUCAGUGUCCAACAUUCAUGCAAGCUACACCUAAAGACCGUAAAACACUAGACAUAAAGGCAAGACUGUGUUUUAAUUGUCUAUGGAACUCUCAUCAUACAAAUAAAUGUUCAAGCAGCAAGGUAUGUAAAAUAUGUACAUUAAAACAUCAUACUCUUCUUCAUAUAACAUCAUAUCAUACAUCACAUCUCACUAGUGAUAAAACAUUGGUUUCUAAUAAGGCAUCUGACGAGCAAGAUGUUCAAGCUGUCUCGGCAGAAGUGGCUAACAACGUUGUGGUUCAUCAUGGCACUACUCAAUCAACAAUUACAUCUACAACUUUAUUAGCAACAGCCUUAAUACAUACAUGGUUGGCCAGAACACUGAAUUGGGAUGAAUUAUUGGUGGCGGUUAUGAACUACCGCUUAAGGAAACCACUACUGAAAACAUCACCUGUCACACUACAGCAGUUCUAUCUACUUUAG